GCUUUCUCGCCGAGGGGGACGACGCAUCAAGUGUGUGGAAUUAAAACUAUGGGCAGACGACACUCUAGCAGACAAUAAUUGGAGUCGCAUAAUGAUUUUUAGGUGCGUUUUUAGAGAUCUCAGCUUAGCAUCGUCGACCGUUAUGUCUCCACCUUGCUAUAUUAUCUUCAUCUGACAUUCAAAUCACCUGCAGUGUCGUGGGAUGUGUUUAGGAAGGAGAGGGUUAGAACUAAGAUGAGCGUGAUGACAUUCUCGAAUCUGUAUUGGGGGUAAUGAAAAUGCUUGCUCUUCCUGGCAUUACUCGCCGACAAUUUGUAAGGAUCAAUUUUGUGAAUCAAGUCCACUUUCGCCGAGGCAUCAAUUUCAACCUUUACUCAAUUCCAGCAUUCUAAGCCCUCCCCGAUACUUUGGGAUAAGAACUUAGAAUCAAUUGGCCGACCAGAUUCACGAUGGCAUGCAGCGCGUCAUCAGCGACCACGGGAAACGAUGAACUUGACGUCUCGAUCACGGAGGCGAUCAUUCAAGCCCAUUCUAUGUACGACGAACUCUAUAACACCCGGCAGCUCGAGAAGGUGGUCGAUUGCAUCUAUGCCGAGGAUUGUUGCGUCAUGAUGGAAGGGCGUGACGUCAUCAGGGGAAGGAAAGCUUUACUCGAGCUUCUCUGUGGCUUUUCAAAGGAUCCCAGUCAUCACAGGGUUGAAAGCACAGCGAUGGAGAUUCGUGAAAUCACAGCACCGGGACAGAGAAUUUACGAGCUGGGUCGCUAUUCCUUUUUCGACAUCCCAAACACGGGACGCGCUGACGGCAGACACGUGAUCGUCUGGACUCGAAUUGGCGGGAAAUACCUGAUCACUUUGCAAAGUAUAAACCCGAUUACAUGAGGGUGAUCGUAUGCAGGUGUUUUCUACAUCGCAACAGCAUUUAAACUCUAAACAGAAUGAAAAUAAAUAGCCAUAAGAGCAGACUUUUCUUGUGAAGAAGUAAGCCUAGAUUGUUUAGAUAUUGCACUAGAAAUUAUUUUUCUUCUAUUUUCUGAGUAACUUAGAGGCACGGGACACUGUUUUUCCUCCGAAUGUGGUGCACGAUUCUCAUUAAACAGUAAAAAUUAUGAAUGAAGAGAUCAAAUAGAUAGAGUACAGCAAGCUGACAUUUACUAACAAACAUCGCCGUACGAUUGUGACUCCUCCGGUUGCAGUGCAAUAGCUAUUUUGUCACCGUGUCUUCUGUGACAAGUUAGAACCGCUUAAGCCCGCGUGUCAUCCUUUAUUCAAAGUAAAAUGCCUUGCACAAGGAUAGGAGUGCUGUGUCAGGAAUCGAACCCCAGAUUUCUAUGUCAUGUUGAACACACUCAUGAAAUUCUUGAGAGAUCGUCCAUUCGAUAGUCACAAGCGAUAUUCUUAGGUCGAAGGUGAAGUGAUUCUUAUAAGGCUUAUGAUGUAAGCUCGAUUUAAAGAUCACGUUUCUAAAAUCAUGAAUAUACCAAUAACUUCAUCUCGACUAUGAUAAUAACUUCAUGUAGAAUAGAACAUAUACAGCACCAGUUGGAUGGGUGUUUUCACCAAGCUGUCCGUAAGUAUACGAGUUCCUUCACGAACGACUGUUGAUCCCUUUUCUUGUGGUAAAACUAAAUGAUGCGUACCAGGUUGCAUAAAAAUUUUGACAUAAAAAAUAUGGCAAAUAAAUUUAUGUCACGCCACUUACACAUAAAAAACUCUUGGCAAAAAAAAAUCUGAGUUUUUCUUUUAUGCAACAGGCCCCUGAUUUCCAUUGGUGUUCACGUUGAUUUAGUUUCUAAGAAAAGAUAAUCAGUCGAUCGUUCGUAAAGUCGCUCGUAACUUUCAAACAGCUCGUAACUUACAAACAACAACGUAUAAACACAUAUUCAUUACAAAAUCUGCAUUUCAGCUCAAAGAUGAGUUGGAUAAAACAUGUAAUGUAUUGAUAUUUUUUUCCUUUUUUGUCAGCGGUUUGUUGAAUCAUGGAAAUCCUUUGAAAAUAUGUAUCGAAUAGAAAUAUGUUGUUUGAUUAUGGUGUGUAUGUAUACUCCGAGGCCCGGGAUCACCAUGGAGCGCUAUCAGGAAUAUCGCUAUCUAAACCAUGUAAACGUAAUUUAUCAAGCUCCACUCUGAAAGUAAGUAUAAUUACCAAUGGGUGAUUUCAAGUACGGUGUUGACCUUUUGGUGUUGGUGUUAGGUCAAUUUUUACACGAUUAUAACACCAAACAUAAAAUGAAGAUGGUCCUGAAAAGUAAGUCACUAGUUGUUGAGGUGUUAAUAAUGUGAAGUGGAUCAUUUUUGCAAACUCUGAAGUUUUGGAGCCAGGGGAAGCAAUCCAAAUUUCAACACCAACACCAAGGCCAACACUGGCCUUGAAAUCACCCAAUGUACAUGACCCCUUGAUUAAUGUAAUGAUUUAUUAUAGAUUGUAAUCAUUAAUCGUCGACGUCAUCAUCAUCAUCAUCAUGAUCGUCAUCGUCGUCAUCAUCAUAAUCAUCAUCAUCAUCAU